CUAGCGCCGCCGCGGCUCCGCCCCCAGCAGAUUUAAACUGGAGGCCCCGCCCCCGCGCUCGGCCAAUCGGCGUGCGCGGCGCGCGGCGGCCGCCAUGGCGACCCUUUGUGGGCCCGAGGAGCCAACUGGCGCCCCGCCCCGCGCGGCCGGGCCCUCCCUCGGCGGACGCGGCGGCGGCGGAAGGCGGCGGACUGCGUGCGGCGAGGACAGCAUGUUUGCACGGGGACUGAAGAGAAAGUGCGCGGAGCCCGAGGAGGCCAUCCCUUCCUACAGUCUGCAGCGACAGUCACUCCUUGACAUGUCCCUGGUCAAGCUGCAACUGUGCCACAUGCUGGUGGAGCCCGACCUGUGCCGCUCGGUGCUCAUUGCCAACACCGUGCGGCAGAUCCGAGACGAGAUGGGCCGUGAUGGCUCGUGGUGUGUGCCAGCGCCCCCAGGCCUGGGCCGCGCCCCCCUCGACCACCUGGUCUCCACGGAUAUCCUGUGCCGCCCAGCCAGGGAGCUGGGCGGGGAGGGCCCCAUGGCUGAGCUAUCCCUGGGCAGGACCGUGGCCCAGGCACCCAGGGACACCGGGAGCAGCGGCUGGGGUGUGGGCAGCCCCCCGGAGAAUAGAGGCGGCUUCCAGAAGUCGCUGGACCACAUCUUUGAGACGCUGGAGAGCAAGAGCCCAGGCUGCGUGGAGGAGCUGUUGGAUGUGGACAGCCCCUACUAUGACCUGGACACGGUGCUCACAGGCAUGAUGGGCGGCCCCAAGGCCAGCUCCUGUGACGGGCUGGAGGGCCUGGCCACUGGCACCGUGCCCGCAGGCUCCAGCUGCAGGCCGGACCUGGGCGACCUGGAGCACGUGGUGGAGAUCCUGGUGGGGACGUGAGGCAGCCCAGCCUUCCAGCACGGCUGCUCUCCGGCAGGUGGCUGUUCCCGGUGAAGGCCACCCAGUCCUGGGCCCUGCUGCCGGCAUGUCCCGGCCGUGGAAGCCAGCGGAGCUGCCAGCUGUGUCCACCUCGCUGGAAUUGGGGUUGGUGACUUCAGAGCUACGUUGUAUGUGGGGCCGGUACAGUGUCUUACAGUGUAUUUUUACAGUUUUUAUACUUUGUAGAUCUUUCUCGGUUGUUUUCUAUGAAUGUCGGGGAUGGCUGUCCCUGUCUGCCACGGCUCUGUGGCCGUGGCCAGUGGCUGUCGCUUGAAGUCCCCAUGAGGCCGUGUCUUGGCCCCAAUGGGUGCCGAGAUGGGACUGGGGCACUGCCGUUCCGGGUCGCCCGGUGCUGCUGCAGAGGGGCCGCAGUCUGGGUCUCCAGAUGGACACCCUGCCCUGACCCUCAGCCACAGGUUUGUCUCCUUUGAGGAUACGGCUGCUGUUUAAGAUCGGUGACAUCAUCUUACUAAAUUCAUGUAACAAAGUGGACGCGUUGGUUCAUUUCACAG